CACCAAAUGCCCCUUGUCAAGAUUAGGUAUUUGGAAAUGAAAAAAAGAAAACAAAAAUAAUAUCGGACACCCGCGCGUUAAUUAUGAAUUCAGAAACUUUGCACGCAACGUAAACAUCAGCUGUUCCAGGGCGGCUCGACGACAGCUAGCUGCUAGCAGCUAACUAGCUGCUAUGACACAAGUUGCUUAGCCCGGCUAGCCGACGCACUGUUGAGUUCGACACAUGUGGCCCCGUCGUAACGGGGAGGUGACCGAGUGAACAGGCGGAUAUGUGACUGCAUUUAGGGAAAGCUGAAGAUGGAAAGGGGGGGGAAACCGUCCCCUGCUGCCCAGUCCCGUGAGCCCAAACAACUGAGGAAACCGGGAAAUGAUUCUGCUGAGUCACACACGGACGCACCAGCAGCUCCCAUUUCACCAAAUCCAUAUCCGUCCGAUCAGAGUUUAAGAGGGAACGCAAGGAGUUCGGGUCCGAGCCGAAGGCAGCGCGCAUCAGAUGCAAGUGGAGUGCCUGCAGGAAAGUGGGUGGAUGUGUCAAGGGGUCACGGCUACAGCGGCGGCCGGCCUGUUCGAGACACCGGGGAUGAUUUCCUGCAGAGAGGCAGGUCCUCGCGGGGUCCUCAAGCUAAGACGUCAAAAGGCAAUAGUGGUGUUCAUGCUGAAGGCAGAGUUGUGGGCAAGAACUCACUGGAUCCACAGCAAAAAGGGCUUCGAGGGGGAAGAUCUCUCCCGAACUCUGCAGAGCCGGACUUGGUCCCAUUCGAAGUGAAGAUGACAGACUUUCCCGAGUUAGCUGUCGGUUCACUGGGAAAAGGGGAUCCGCCUAUUCAGAAAGAGAGCCGGGGUCCAACCAUUCCGUCCUCGAGCCCCCAAAUGCGGAUAGCGGCAUCUUCCUGGAAGUCUGUGAGGAAAGGACCCCCAACGCAAACUGACCCCCGACAAACUGGCAAUAAUGAUGUGCCAGAUUCUCCCGCCGAGUCACCAGGUCAUCUGGGCGGAACGUCCUGGGCCAAUGUUGCCUCUCAGCCUCCAAAGAAACCUGUCCCGAAAGAGAAGACAAUCAAUGAGCAGACAGAGGAAACGGCUGCACAGCGGGAGGAGGGAGCUCCGGGGAAGAGAAAACGCAAGAAAAAGAAGAAGGCUAAAGGUGCUGUUGAAGAUGCAGAAGAGGAGUCAGAGGAGCCAGCAAUGUAUCAGGAGCUUCCAAAAUUUGAGGAUGAAGAGGAGUUUCCAGGUUUGUCUCCUGCUGUGACCAGAACUGAAAGAUUGAAAACCAGCAGCUAUGCAGCAAAACUAUGCAAUGAGGAAAACCAAAGAGAAGGUGUUCAGCGUCAGUCUGCAGACCACAAGGAAAAAGCACCUGCAGAGACGCAUAAGAAAGGACAGAAAGUUGAAAAGGUUUCUGGCAAGAAAAGCAAAGUUCCCGUUCAGCUGGACAUCGGAAACAUGUUGGUCGCCCUCGAAAUGAAGCAAUCCCAAAAAGUAAAGCCGGACGCCAAACCGGUCAUUCUCUCAGUUGGUGGCGGACUGACCGUUGUCCAGAAGCAGAAGAAGCUGCCCUCGCACCAGGAUAAAAUUGCACACAAUCCUCUGGACUCCACCUGCCCUUUGGUAAAGAAAGGCAAGCAGAGAGAGGUGCCCAAGGCCAAGAAACCCUCCCCUCUCAAAAAGGUAAUUUUGAAAGAACGGGAGGAGAGGAAACUAAAACGUCUGCUGGAAGAGAGGGGACUGCCUUUGGAAUGCGAGUUCACACCUGCUAAUGAUGGUGAUGUUGAUGCUGCAGAAGAAGGAGGACCGGUCGAAACAAAUGCCACAGCCUCCGAUGAGGUUGGAAGUCCGAAAGAAGAACUUGAGGAUCGGUCCGACUUUAACGGCGCAGAGCAGGUGGUGAACAAGGCUGACGAAGAGGCCGACAAAGACAAAAUCGUGGAGCAACGGACCAUCUCACCUGUGCCCUGCCCAGCCAGUCGACCCAAAAUCCACAGCAGAAAGUUCAGAGAUUAUUGCAGUCAGAUGCUGAGCAAAGACGUGGAUGAAUGUGUGACGGCUCUCCUAAAGGAGCUGGUUCGUUUCCAGGACCGCCUGUACCAAAAGGACCCCAUGAAGGCCCGCAUGAAACGACGCAUUGUGAUGGGGCUCAGGGAGGUUCUGAAGCACCUCAAACUCAGGAAGGUCAAGUGUGUCAUCCUCUCGCCCAACUGUGAACGCAUCCAGUCCAAAGGCGGCCUGGACGAGGCUCUUUACACCAUCAUCGACACCUGUCGGGAACAGGGCGUCCCGUUCGUGUUCGCCCUCUCCAGGAAAGCUCUAGGUCGCUGCGUCAACAAGGCCGUGCCUGUCAGCCUGGUGGGCAUCUUCAACUACGAUGGUGCACAGGACUUCUACCAUAAGAUGAUCGAGUUGUCGUCUGAGGCCAGGAGAGCCUACGAGGUGAUGGUGUCCAGCCUGGAGCAGACGGGCCAGGCGGACCCGGAGAGCGUUGAGGAGAAGCUGCAGAUCAGCAGCGCGGCUGAGGAAGCUGAGCUCGGACGUGACAUCACACCGCCAGAGGAGCCAGAGUACAUGAAAAUCUGGAAGAAAAUGCUGGAGAAGGAUUACAACCACAAAUUCCUGAACUUUGAGGAGCAGUUGAGCUCCAUGCACUUGGACAGUGUAUGUGCCGAAAACACGGAUGAAGAUGACAAGAGUUGACAGUGCCGAACCCCUCUGUGCCUACACGAUGAAUGGAGCAACUGAUCACCAACUCUGAAGAAACUAAAACGGACUCAAUCACACGUCCAGAUAACACAAGCUGCUCCGCUGCAGUGGUUGUCUACCUGAAGAUUUUUGUAAGGAAAUGAUUAUGUUGCUAUGGUUUACAAUUAUUAUUUUUUUCUUAUUUUUAAAUAGAUUGAACACAAAAUAAUUAUUCAUUAUCAAACUUAAGAAAUGUUCUGUUUUAGUUCAAGAUAAUUAGGUAGAGCUAUGUACUUUAAGCGUGUGUGGGGGUUAAAAACUGGAGAUAUUUAAUCAGGACAAGACCACUAAUCCCUAAAUAUGAACUUUUAAACAUGUGGUCUGUGAACAAGACCAGAGGGUGUGCAGGUCUUUAUGCACUGAAUGUAUCUACAGUGUAUCAAUACUAAGAAGUUCUCAGUGGAGCCAUUAAGGAGCAUUCUGUUUUUAUCUUAUUAAUUCAGUCAGGUUUAAUGCAUGUCAAGGUUCUGGCCUCUUUGGUCCUUUUUUGUUUUGGGCUUUGGAGAGAUGAAGGAGGACAUGGAGGGAGACAGCAUUCAUGCAGCAAAGGCCCUCAGCGUUGCAGUUACUCUAAUUGAGGGCCAAUAAGAUAAGAUAAGAAAAACUGUGGGAAAGACUUUCAUGUUGGAUUUGUAACAGUCACACGUACAGUUUGAACACAGGUAUUUUUGCUUUGAAUUUGCUUGAAGUUUUUCUCAGUGUUUUUGGAACCUUAUUGUUAAUAUAAUUGGUGAAGGUUUACUUCACGUUAAGAACCUGAUUUUUCUAAGAUUCACAAAGAUAGUGAUAGACUCCUCACUUAUUUCCGUACGAUGUUUCACAGCCUCAAAAUCUAAUUAAACCUUAUUUGACCCUUUUUCUUAAACUCUAAACUCAACAUGUCAUGGUAGCUAUGUUUUUUUUAAUCUUGAUUGCACUACAUAGUAGAGCCUGUGUUUUUUAUUUUUAUUUGUAUGAGACUACCAAAGUACUAAACAUUUCAUAUAGUACUACUUGUGAUAGAUGUAAAUUGUAGCGAUUUUCUUUAAUAGGAAAGACAAAAAAAUGUUUAACAUCAUCUGCUGUUUACUUGAAAAAGCUUUUCUCAUUUGUUUUGUUGUUCCACAUAGUGAGGAAUAAAAAAAAAAGUAAAAAAUAUAAUAAAAGCUAGGUGACAGUAUGCAUUAAAAAAAAGACAAAUAACUAUUUGAAACUUUAACAGACCGUCGAGGAGGGAAGACAUUUGAUCUGAAGAUCACAUGUGGUUGUGCAUAUUGCGGUUAUAAGAUUGAGUUAAUGCAAGAUGCACUUGAUAACCCGCUGAAGUCCUGUUAAUGUUAGAGGACAGAUGGUUUACAGGAAGUAGACCAUUGCUUUUGUUUCUCUUAAGUUUUGCUUCGGAUCAAAUAAACAAAACUUGACGUCUUAAUUAGCUCAGCUAGAAGACAGAAAUGUUCAAUUCCCCCCACCAGUGAAUAAGCGUAUUUCACAUAACAUCAAACUUUCUUUAAAUUCUACACCGUAGUUCAAAACUUCUGUAGUAAUGAGAAAUGAAAACUGAAAAUGAAAUAACAUUUUUUUUAAAUGCUUGAUGACGAAAAAUUAAAAGAUUCUUCCAGAUUUAGCUCUAUUUAACCCUCGGAUAUAAAUUAUUGUUGCUAGAUGGACUGUAGAAUGUAUAUUUCCUAUGAGAAUCUAGAUAGAACCAAUACUACAAAAAGGAACAACAAGGAAAGCGUGAACAUUCAAAGUCGAAUCAGGGCCGUUCUAAUUUCUCCUUUGAGCUGAAAUGAAUGCACAGUGUAUGCAGAGUUUACUAAGUGAGUGAAUGUGGGUCAUUAAUAAACAGACAAAUGAAUUGA